GCUGGUCGGAAAGUAUUCUCCGUCAAUCCGCGACUCAAGUCAGUCAGUGCCGGUCGUAGCCCAUGAAAAGUUGGCGUCGCGAGCCGCGGAUUCGAAAAGUUCGACCCACGCAUUUUUACACGCUUGAGAAGUAGAGAAACAAGAUCAAGUCUAACCAACGCACUCGCUGCCCGCGUGUUUGUUACAUAAAUAAUUUCAAAAUUCAAAUCAAUCGUGUAAAAAUUACGACAAAAUUUACAGUGAAAAUUUAAAUAUUAAUAAUCGUAACGACACAUUUUUAAUAACGGUUCACACGAGCAUGUAACGAAUACCGAAUGAAGGGAAGAAAAAUCGCGAUUCGAAUCCGAAUGCAGCGGGCACGUAACUUGCACGCGUGUUUUCGCGUGUGAAAAAAAACAUAAAUUUUCAAGCGAGGAGGGAGUGAUAAACAAAAAAGAAAACACAAAAAUAAAGCAAAAGAGACAGUUAUUGUACGGAGGUUACAAGUAAAUAUGUUACACAUUGUAUGAGGACCCAAUAAAGGACUAUCGACAGAAAUCGCGGAUGAGGAAACCUCGCGGGUUAAUUGUAAUUACAAGCCUAGAUGGUCGUGCCUUCGCGUCGCGGCUCCAUGACAUCGUCUGGGAGCAAGUUUUACAUACCAAACGACGACGUGGACGACGUGCUGGGUAUCAGCCAGCUUCUUUUCAACUAUAACGGAUCUGAAGAAGAGGAAUCAAUCGCGGAGGGUCUGGAGUCCCGGAUUCGUACACUUCCCGAAGAAGAUGGGGAGGUCUCCGUUAUUAAGGGACCUCAAGAUUUGAAGUCGAAUCUACUGACAUCAUGGAGCCCCAGCUCGACCAAGAUAAUGUUGGUCUUCGGGCGGGACGAUCACCAAUCAGAAGUAUUGGGAUCGGCAGCGAAGAAACUAGGGUGGUCGGUGACUUACUCAAGGAGCACAGACACGGCCCUCGAGACCUUCCACAGCCGCGGGCAUGACAUUGUCGUGAUAGAUCACCGGGGAUCUCGAGGAAUAGAUUCCGAUUCUCUCUGCAGAUCGAUCAGGGCUUCGGGCGUCAAUCCAAACACAGUGAUCGUCGCUCUCGUUCGAAAGUCGUUCCUCAUCAACGCGGAUCAGGACCAGAUCAUGACGAUCGGACUGAUGGGUAUCGGCUUCAACAGAACGCUCCUCGAGUGCUCCCAGGAAAAUCUUCUGGCCAACGAACUCGUCAAUAUCCACGCAAGCGAACUCCAGCCCAGGUUGCACCUCGCCGCUUUUCACGCGCUUUACGUAGCCGUCGACAGGUGCAGAGAUAUGGUCCACGUAACCAACGACCGCCACGUUGUCCAGUUUGCAAACAAGGCCAGCGAACGUUUUCUCGGUUACAAACCGGAAGAGCUUCUGGGCAACAAAAUAAUGGACAUCGUGUCCUCCGACAACUUUGUCUUAAUGGAUCAGCACCUUCGGCGAGGCAGAGAAUGGGAGGGUAACAUGAACUGCAAGAGAAAAUCGUCGAAGACGAUCACCAUCAACUGCCGGAUAGUCCCUUUUUCCGCCUCGGGCAGGACACCGACCCACUACAUUUACGUCCACGACACCACCUACCUCCUCGAAAACAUGGCAAUUGGUCCGGGCAACACUGGGACGCAGCAAAUGCCCAGAGGAAGCGUUCACUCGCUAAGAAGAGGAUCGUUCGACGUCAAGUCGACGGGGAGUGAGAGUAAGGCGCCCGAUCUCCAAACCCGAUUCAGUUACCAGCAUGUCCCGAUCGAAAAUCAAUGCCAAUGCGAAAAUGCACGCACCCACAGGCGAUCCAGUUUUACGAAAAUUCACAAUUUACCACUGGAAGCACCGAUCACUCGUGUCAUCGGUAUACUCUCAACCGCACUAAACGACAUGUCGACGACGAGUCCGGAACUCGCGCUGCAGAUGUACAAGGCGAUCGAGCUGCUUAAGGGCACGGAAUUGUACACGCCACAGCUAAGGGAGGAUACCAGAGGAUACGAUCCGGUCACCGAAGACCUCGUCGGCGCUCUUUUAGCGUCUCCGGUCUACGCGAGGGACUCGAGAAGGUCGUCAAACGACUCCGUGAGUCGGAUACCAACGAGCAAGACACUGACCAAUGCCUCUGCUCAUCGCAUGUCUCUCAAGGGUUACAGGCCACCCCAAGAAAUUCACGACAUGAUGGAGAAGAGUCUCGACUGGGACUUCGACAUAUUCAAACUAGAGGUUCUUUCCUGCGGAAGACCGCUCGUUUACUUGGGGAUGAAUCUUAUCGGGCUCUACGAAGGCCCUGCGACACUGGGCUGCGACGAAAAAACGUUUUUCAACUGGCUCACCCUCGUCGAGAUGCAUUACCACGCAGACAACAGUUACCACAAUUCGUCGCACGCUGCUGACGUCCUUCAGGCAACCGCCAAGUUCAUGCGAUCCGAGAGACUCAAGAUGAUAUUCGACCCGCUCGACGAAGUCACGGCUCUGAUAGCCGCCGCGGCUCACGACAUAGAUCAUCCGGGAAGAUCGAGCCAAUUUCUCUGCAACGCUAACAACAAACUUGCAAUUUUGUACAACGACUUGGCGGUUCUUGAGUCGCACCACGCUGCCCUUACUUUCAAGCUUACGUUGGCCGACGACAGGGCGAAUAUUUUUAAGGGUUUGGACAGAGAGUCGUACAAAGUGGCAAGGCAGAACGUUAUUGAUAUGAUUCUCGCUACCGAGAUGACAAGGCACUUCGAACACCUCGCGAAAUUCGUCAACGUCUGCAGCAAUCGAAUGGCAGGUGACUCACAGUCCGAGCCUGUUUCCGAGGUUAUUGACAUGACCGUACUCCUUCAACCAGAGAACAUUACCCUGGUUAAAAGAAUGAUGAUAAAAUGCGCGGAUGUAUCCAACCCGACUAGACCGUUGAAGGCUUGCAUUGAGUGGGCGAGGCGAAUCGCUGAGGAAUAUUUUCGGCAGACGGACGAAGAGAAGCAAAACGGGAUGCCGGUCGUGAUGCCGAUGUUUGACAGACUGACGUGUUCCAUACCCAAGUCGCAAAUUGGAUUCGUCGACUUUAUAAUCAAUGACAUGGUCGAGGCUUGGGACACAUUCGUUGACAUGCCCGAAUUAAUUAGUCACAUGAGACUGAACUACGAUAAGUGGAAGGAAUAUCAGGAACAAGGAAUAUCGACGCUCCAAGAUAUUGAAAAACUGCAGACAUCGCCAGAACUGCAAAUACCGCGACGAACUACGUAAUACUAUAUUUGGAUAAUGAAUUGAGAAAUCUGACGAGUGGCGUAACUUAUGAAAUGCGGG